CUUCACAUAACCAAUACCAUGGAACCUGUAAUUUUAUCAGCCAAAAAAUUUGCAGGAUUAUUAGGCAUACCUAAUGCUGAUUUCAAAGCAAGUCAAGGUUGGGUAGAUAGGUUCAAAAAAAGGAAUGACCUUCAGAAAUAUAAGUUUCAUAGAGAAUCUGAAAGUGUGCCUGUAGAAAACCUUCCUAAUCAAAGACAAAAGUUGGUCGAACUACUUUUACAAUAUAAUCCUGAAGAUGUUUAUAAUGUCGAUGAAACUGGUCUAUAUUAUAGGAUGAUGCCUAAUCAAACACUUGCAACAAAACUAGUAAAAGGACAAAAAAAAGUUAAGGAUAGAAUAACUAUUCUUUUUUGUAUAAAUGCAACUAGCAUGGAUAAACUCAAACUGUUAGUUAUAAAACCACAUUGUUUCAUAGGCAUUCGACAAGAAAAUCUUGGUAUCAAAUAUGCUGCUAGUAAGAAUGCAUGGAUGACAGGAAGCAUUUUUGAAUAUUGGAUAAAUUCGUUAAAUGCUACAUGCAGAUUAAAGAAAAAAAAUAUACUCUUAUUAGUUGAUGGUGCCAAAUACUAUUCAAACUGUGAACUUACUAAUAUCAACCUUUAUUUUUUACUACCCAAUACAACACCUUAUUUACAACCAUGUGAUGCUGGAUUGAUACACUCAUUUAAAGCUCAUUAUUCUUUUGAAAUCAAAGAGGUUGUUUUAGAUGAAGCUGCUAUUAUUGAAGAGGUCCUCUAUCAAUCAGAUUCUGGUAGUAGUGAUGAAGAAAAACAACAAGAACCAGGAAAUUUGUAA